AAUUUGCCGCCAGGCAUAACCUCAAAAUCAAAAGUAGAUUUUAAAAUCUGAAUUUACAAAUUAUUUCUUGAAAUUUAGCAGAUAGAAGUAAAGAUCAACACAGUUUAAGGACCCAGUCAACAAAUAAGUAUUAAAUGGAAAAUUUUGGAAUGAUGUUAUGACAUGCAUUUCGAUCUUUCGACCUCCAGUCAAAUGUGAAUGCGAAUGCUUUCUAAAAAAUCAUUGAAUUAAUGUAAACAGUGACUGAAAUAGCCAAAAAUCGUCUAAAAUUUUAAUUCUCUACAUUAGAGGUUAGGUCACCUUUUGAAUGGAGGAAUACACUCGCGAACCUUGCCCAUGGAGGAUAGUCGACGACUGCGGAGGCGCCUUUACCAUGGGCCUCAUCGGGGGUGGCGUCUUCCAAAGUAUUAAAGGCUUUCGCAAUGCCCCUUCAGGUUUCAACAGACGACUCGUUGGCAGUUUGGCUGCAAUUAAGCAACGGUCUCCCAUAAUCGCCGGUAAUUUCGCCGUUUGGGGCGGCAUGUUCUCAACCAUUGAUUGCGCCUUAAUCCACAUUAGGAAAAAGGAGGAUCCGUGGAAUUCUAUCAUAAGUGGGGCUGCGACUGGAGGUAUCCUUGCAGCGAGAAAUGGCAUACCAGCUAUGGCCGGGAGUGCUUUAAUUGGCGGAGUUUUGUUAGCUUUAAUUGAAGGAGUAGGGAUUUUGUUCACCAGGUUAUCAGCCGAGCAGUUUCAGCCACAGAUGCCCCCAAUGGAAGAUCCAUCUCAGUUGAGAGGGCAGCAAAAUGGGGGCUUCUCGUUCCAGUAGUGUGCAUGUGUGUAUAGAUAAAUUUUUGUUGAUUAAGGCGUAAAUAUAAGGUUUAUUUUGAUCUUUAUUUUAUUUAUGUAAUAGGUCAAAUAAAGACUCCUAUUGAAAACAGAA